UUGAAGGAAUAUAAUAUUCGACGCCACUACGAGACUCAUCACAGCGAAAAAUAUGACGGCUUGCAAGGACAACUGAGAAGAGAUAAGAAACGAUUGCUGGCGGGUCUGAGGAAACAGCAGUCAACUUUCAUCCAGAGCCGAGAAGUCAGUGAAGCAGCGGUAAAAGCCAGCUACCUAAUUGCUAGCGAAAUAGCAUUAGCAUCGAAGCCGUAUUCCGACGGUGACUUUGUUAAACGAUGCAUGAUGAAGGCGGCUGAACUUGUAUGUCCCGAGAAGCGACAAGCUUUUGCCAAUAUUAGCCUGACGAGGAAUACUAUAGCAGAGAGGAUUUCGGAACUACUGGCAGAUUUAGACAGUCAAUUGAAACAGAGAGUCAAGUCAUUUAUUUCAUUUUCCGUGGCAAUUGACAGGAGCACCGACAUCACAGACGUGGCCCAACUGGCCAUAUUUAUUCGAGGAGUUGAUGAGACAUGUGUUACUGAAGAGUUUCUUGAGUUGGUGCCAAUGAUGGACACCACAACAGCCGAGGACAUUUUCGGCUCUGUCGUUGCUGCAUUGGACAGAGUUGGAGUGGACUGGUCCCGCGCUGUCAGCCUGGCUACAGACGGCGCGCCAUCCAUGGUCGGAAAGAAAGCAGGUGUCGCGACAAAGUUCAAAGACAAAGUCCAAGCCCUUAAUGGAGGAGAUCGUUUCUGGACAUUUCACUGUAUUUUGCACCAGGAGGCAUUGUGUUGCAAGUCGCUGAAAAUGGACCACGUCAUGGAGGUGGUUGUUCGCACUGUAAAUUUCAUCCGGUCCAGAGGUCUGAACCAUCGUCAGUGACAACUUCUCAGCGACAGCAACAUUACCCACAGCCUGCCAUACCACACUGAAGUGAGAUGGUUAAGCCGAGGCGCUGUGCUGAGGCAUUUCUUUGAUCUACGAGAGGAAAUCGGACAGUUCAUGGAGAAAAAAGGAAAACGGUUGGAAUUACAAUCUCAGGAAUGGCUACGGGACCUUGCAUUCUUGGUUGAUAUUACUGAACACUUGAACAAUCUGAACAAAAUGUUGCAAGGCCGCAAAAGUUGUCACACAGUUUUCUGA